UACUAAUGGCAGGUGGCUUCCAUGGCAGCAGGGUAAUAAAUCUGCUCUGGAUUAAAGGCAAUAUCUUAUGUGCUGGACCCCAACCAGAUAGUUUCAGCAUCUGAGAUAGUUCCUUUGCAGGCCAGAAUAAAAUAUCCCCUGACAUUGGGGCCACCAGCCUCUGCUCUAUCUGGCUCAACCAGCUUGUUAGCAUUCAAAUGUCAUCAGCUCCAUAAUCAUCCUGAGAGUUCAGUCAGGAAGAGAGAACCUGUAGAAGGAGCAUCAAAGUGUGCCUUCAAGUCGACUCCGAGUUCUGGCAACCCUAUCAUGGGGCUUUUCUUGGCGAGGUUUGUUCAGAGGGGGUUUGCUAAGGCCAUCUUCUGAGGCUGAGAGAGUGUGACUUGCUGAAGGUCACCUGCCAUAAAGUGGAACACAACCGUCGCUUCUGAACAUCAGAGGGUGCUUCAGUUGCAUACUGGAGAGGCAGGCAGUGCUGAAUUUGCAUCCAGGACCACCUGAAAAGAGCAUCAAGGCUGCACCAAGAGAGCAAGCUCCAAGAGACUAUGCAGAGCCUCCUGUUCCUCCUGGGGAUUUUCCUGGCUGCCCCACCAAGUCUUCAUGCCAGUUCUUCUUCCUUGCGCUUCAUUGCUGUGGGAGACUGGGGAGGGGUCCCCAAUGCUCCUUUCUACACGGCACGGGAGGCAGCUGUGGCCAAGGAGAUGGGCCGUACGGUCGCAUCGUUGGGAGCUGAUUUCAUCCUCUCCCUGGGAGACAACUUCUACUACAGUGGCGUCAAUGAUGUCUAUGACAAGCGUUUUCAGGAGACCUUUGAGUCAGUUUUCCAGGCCCCCUCACUGCGAAAGGUGCCCUGGUAUGUUGUAGCUGGAAAUCAUGACCAUUCAGGGAAUGUCUCUGCCCAGAUUGCCUACACCAAGAUCUCCAAGCGUUGGCAUUUCCCCAAGUACUACUACAAACUGAAGUUCAAGGUGCCUGGCAGCAAUGCUUCUGUUGCCAUCCUCAUGAUAGACACUGUGACCAUCUGUGGCAAUUCAGAUGAUUUCCAGAACGAACAGCCCCUGCGUCCACGUAAUGUAAACAUGGCCCGUAGCCAGCUGUCCUGGCUUCGCAAACAGAUGGCCAACUCCCAAGAUGACUACUUGAUCGUGGCUGGGCACUACCCAGUGUGGUCGGUGGGAAAGCACGGCCCCACGGCAUGCUUGGUCAAGCAACUACAGCCACUGUUGCUGAAAUACAAGGCGACAGCCUACUUAUGUGGCCAUGACCACAACCUGCAGUACCUGCAGGACAAAAACGGCUUGGGCCAUGUGCUGAGUGGAGCAGGCAACUUCAUGGAUGACAACAAGCAACACCUCCAUCAAGUCCCUGCUGGUUACCUGCGCUUCUUCUAUGGCCAUACUACUUCUCAGGGUGGAUUUGCCUAUAUUGAGAUUGAUAGCAAAGAGAUGAGUAUCACCUACAUCGAGGCCAAAGGCAAGUCACUCUACAAGACCUCGCUGCCCAGGCGGAGACGCUUCUAAAGACAAGACAGCCAGCAUCACUGACUAGACAUCCUAAUUUGUAGCAAAGGGCACCAGUGACAUCUCUGGCACACACACAUAUCCUAGUCUGAGAGAUGGCAUUUGUGGGGAGCAUACAAACAUCCAAGAGAGUUCACUAGCCUCUUGCAAUCUGGGGAGACACUUCCAUGCCAGGUGUACAAUUCUUGGAAUUUCCCCAUCUUCUCAAUACCAAAAAUAUUCUUUUCUCAGUGCUGUCUCUGAAGCCUCCCAAAGGAUCUUUGUGACUCCUGCCAAAUCUUGGGAAUGCCCCAAAUCAAUACUUGCCUCAUGACUAGUAGAUCCUAUGAGCCUUUUCAUGGGGAAAUCAUGAGUAUGAAGUUUCCAUCAAUUUAAGCAAGGCCCAUGACAGAAAUUGGGGACAGGUCAGUAGCAGACUGUGGUCUGAGCCCUUCCCAACCUUAAAUGAAACACACACCUUUGUUUGUGGCCUUUGUUCCAACCCUGAAGCUGUCCAAGUUGCUGUGCUUCAGAUUGGAAUGGGAACAGGAUUUAGAGGUCUGAUCUAUCCCCGUUCCUGAGGUCUUAACAGCAACCUGCCAUCACAUAAACACAAUAAAAGGUGGCAACCAUAGAAAUGGGCAGUGCUGGAUAGAAAUCUUUUUUGCUUACACAGUAGGAAAGAAAUGCACUGGAGGAGAAGGCAACAUGGCUUACUGCAAAGCCUAUUGCUACAGCAUGUUAAAAGAGUUGGUCUUGCAUUGAGCACCCUUGAAACAAUAAUUUGCUCUUGGUGCUGCUAUUAACUCCCAGAAUUAUUAAAGGAGAUUGAACUUUUGCUUAGUUUAAGAUCACUAUCUUGCAGGGUCAUUGCUUCCUGGUGAAGACAGUGGGAUCAAGGGCCAAAACACACUGUAGAAAUAAUCCAAUUUGAGACCACUUUAACUGUCUGGCUCAAAUAAAUUCUUCCACAAUGCAGCCACAAAGCCCGAAAAACUAUUGGUGCCGGCCAUGAAAGCCUUUGACUUUACGCUGUGAAUUAUCUCUUUUUACAGUAGCAAUCUACCUUUUUAAGCAGAUCACAUGGCCACAUGCCUAAUAAGCAUUAGUUAACAUUUUUAAAAUACAGGUUUUUCAAAACCAAAAAUAGGUUUCUGACUAAUUCCCACACUUUUUUUGAGUGUCCCAGAAAACUGAUUCCUGGACCCACCCUAGUUGCGUACCCUUGGUUUUAUGCCUCAGUCUCUCAGUCCAUCCAAAAGUACUGGUACAACAACCAUCACAAGUCAAAAGGAACCUUUAUCUGUGUGUGCCAAAGGAACUGUAGAUCUGUCUUCUAAACUAUCUGAUGACAGGACUCUUCCUUUCUCAUUUUUUUCUCCUUUUGGCUCCUUUCUGUUGUAUUGCAUUGUGCUUUAAAUCUUACCUGAUGUUACAAAUUUUAAAAUUAUUAAUUUGCCAAGAUUUUCAUUUUCUGAAAUGAAAGAGGUCAGCUUUCUGAAAGAUCAAUUAUUCUCUGCAACUAGAACUCAGUUUUAUUCCGUGUAUGGGCUACUUAGCUUUGUUUAAGGAAAGAGCAGAAACAAUGUGUUAUUUCAAUGAGUUUUUCAAUAAAUUACUUUGAGAAUA